GAUCGCUGUUGUUGUUUACAUCCGGGGUAUUGGACGGUUGUUGCCUACCAGGGCGUCAGUAGGUUGGAUCAAAAAAUGAUAUUCAAAUAAGCGGCUCAAAUUACUGGUUGAUAUGUAAAUCAAUCUUUUGCCAAACACCUGCUUUUUGCCUACCACUGGGUCACUGUGACAUCAUCGCGAUCGCUCGUAUGGCUCUGAAGCCAUGUAAUCAAACUAUUGUUCUCUCUUCUUUCUAGGGUACUGUGGAGAGUAUGGAAUACCUUUCUUCAACCAGUGGUUCUCAGCUCUCGAUCCCGGAAUAACUGACAAAAUGUUACUGUCUCCAGUUGGAUGCAUUCCAAACGAUGUUGUAUGCGAUGGAGUAAUCGACUUUGUGGGACUACCCGGCUUUCACGAUGAAGCUGACUGUGUCCAAGGAAUGGCGCAUCAAUGCAGCGGAUGGCAUUGGUGGAAAUGCCCUGGAGAAAAUACGUGUUUGACCCGUGAUCAUGUUUGUGACACUAUCCCACAAUGCUCAAAUGGAGAGGACGAAAAACACUGUGAUGCCUUCUGCGACUCUAUUGGUGGAUGGAGGUGCCAGUGCGACCAGCUGACACAGUGCUACCUGCCUCGGGAUGUUUGUGAUGGCUGGGGAACAUGUAGGAUGUACACCACAAGAACUCACGACGUCACAGACGCAGGCACAUGCAUUGAUGACGAGGCAAACUGCGGUACACUUUUCAUUGAAAGAAUAUAGAGAAAAGAAAUCUGACAAAAUCCUUCGAUAAAUCUGUCAUCAUUCAUUAAUUCAUUCUCUCUCGCUGUCUCUCUCCCCAAAAGGUCAAUCUCGACGAUUGGCGUCCUAGCGGCUUCCUAUAUAUUGCAGUCAACGAGAAAAAUAUGAACAUCAUAGCGAUCAUACAGAUGAAUACCUGAUGCGAAAAUGAUAGAGCACGAUGCUCACACGGUCAUAAAGGGCGAUGCAUGUUUUUGUCUGCGAAAGUCAUUAAUGACGAUACAUGUUUUGGUUUGCGAAAGUAUGAGGUCGAGGAAACCUUGUUAAGUAUAUGAACUAUUGCCAUUUUUUUUGCAGAAGACUUAGUUGAGAUAGCUCUGAAGUAUUUGAUGCCUUGGUUUCGUGUUAGUCAAUGAAGGCCACUAUGGCCAGAUAGAUGCUUUGUUAGAGACUGUUAGGUUAGUUGUGGCUAUUCUUUCUUUACUCAAACAAUAAUAAGUUUUCGAUUCAUUA